UUCGUCCUGCCUCCUCGGUGACCACAAAUCAGAAGUCAGAAGUCGAUAUGAUGCGUCUCAUAUGAUCAAAUAAUAAUCCUGCCGGCCGCUGUUCCGGACACCUUCCGGGUUAUCAGAGUUCGUCUGUGCAGCACAGAGCCCGGACCAUUUGCAGAGGAGGAGUGCUGUCUGUCCCGUUGAGCUCCUCCUGGUGUGUGAGUGCUGGGUGUGUGCACCAUGGCGAGCCUCCUUCGUGUUGUGGCGGCCAGCUGCUCAGCCCCUGUGUUCAGCGGGGUUUCCUGUAUGAAGUUGCAGAGCAGCCAUGCUCUCAAAUCAACAUGCAUUCGCUUUUUCAGGACCCAUCAAGCUCUUGGACGAUGUGCCAGUCCAGGUAUUCCAUACAAACAACUCACAGUCGGUGUACCCAAAGAAAUAUUCCAGAAUGAACGUCGCGUGGCGCUCUCUCCCGCUGGUGUCCAGGCGCUCAUCAAGCAGGGCUUCAGUGUCGUUGUGGAGUCUGGAGCCGGUGAGCCUUCCAAGUUCCCAGAUGAGCAGUACGCCCAGGCUGGAGCAACAAUCAAAGAUGCUAAAGAUGUCUUGGCGUCUGAUGUGGUGGUUAAGGUCCGCGCUCCCAUUUUCAACCCUGAUUUGGGCGUCCACGAAGUGGACUUAAUGAAGGACGCGGCCACUUUAAUCAGCUUCAUCUAUCCAGCUCAGAAUCCAGAGCUGAUGGACUUGCUGUCCCAGAAGAAGGCAACCGUCCUGGCUAUGGAUCAGGUCCCCCGAGUCACCAUUGCCCAGGGCUUUGAUGCAUUGAGCUCCAUGGCAAACAUUGCUGGGUACAAGGCUGUUGUGCUGGCAGCAAACAGCUUUGGUCGUUUUUUCACUGGACAAAUCACAGCAGCUGGGAAAGUGCCACCUGCAAAGGUAUUGAUCAUUGGAGGUGGUGUGGCCGGAUUGGCAGCAGCGGGUUCUGCCAGGGCCAUGGGAGCAAUUGUCAGAGGAUUUGAUACCAGAGCUGCAGCUUUGGAGCAGUUUAAAUCUUUGGGCGCAGAGCCACUAGAGGUGAAUAUUAAGGAGUCAGGAGAGGGCCAGGGAGGCUACGCCAAGGAAAUGUCAAAGGAGUUCAUAGAGGAGGAGAUGAAGCUGUUUGCCAGACAGUGUCAGGAUGUGGACAUUGUCAUCAGCACUGCUCUUAUUCCAGGCAGGCGGGCACCCAUCCUGAUCACCAAACCCAUGAUAGAGAGCAUGAAGGACGGGUCAGUGGUGGUGGACUUGGCUGCUGAGGCUGGAGGAAACAUUGAGACCACUGUACCUGGAGAGCUGUCAGUAUACAAGGGAGUGACCCACAUUGGCUACACUGACCUACCCAGCCGUUUGCCGACACAGUCCAGCACUCUGUAUUCUAACAACAUCACUAAGUUGGUGCGGGCCAUCAGCCCUGACAAGGACAACUUUUACCUCGAUGUUAAGGACUCGUUUGACUAUGGAACCAUGGACCAUGUUGUGAGGGGAUCUAUUGUGAUGCAGAAUGGAAAGAACCUGUUCCCUGCUCCUCAGCCCGACAAUGUGCCCGUUGCGGCUCCCCCUAAACCAAAGUCUAUCCAGGAACUAGAGAAGGAGAAGGCUUCCCAGGUCUCCCCCUUCAAGGCUACACUCACCACUGCUGGCAUGUACACUGCAGGCUCUGCCACGCUGCUAGGUCUGGGUCUGUGCGCUCCUAACGCCGCCUUCACCCAGAUCGUCACCACCUUUGGUCUGGCUGGCAUCGUGGGAUACCACACAGUGUGGGGAGUCACUCCCGCUCUGCACUCUCCACUCAUGUCUGUCACCAACGCCAUCUCAGGUCUGACGGCGGUGGGUGGUCUGUCCCUGAUGGGAGGUGGCUACACCCCAAACAAUACUGCUGAGACACUGGCUCUGCUGGCUGCCUUCAUCUCCUCGGUCAACAUUGCUGGUGGUUUCCUUGUGACGAAGAAGAUGUUGGACAUGUUCAAGCGUCCCACUGAUCCUCCAGAGUAUAAUUACCUUUACCUGCUUCCUAGUGGGGUCUUUGUGGGAGGCUACGCUGCUGCUCUGCAGGCUGGAUACCACAUUGAACAGAUUAUGUACUUGGGCUCUGGCCUGUUCUGUGUCGGUGCCCUGGCUGGCCUUUCCAACCAGAAAACAGCCCGUCUGGGUAAUGCUUUGGGUAUGAUGGGAGUCACCGGGGGCAUUGCUGCCACUUUGGGUGCCCUGCAGCCGAGUCCUGAGCUCCUGGCACAGAUGAGCGCCGCCAUGGCUGUAGGUGGCACUGCUGGCUUGGCCAUCGCUAAGAGAAUCCAGAUCACUGACUUGCCACAGCUGGUGGCUGCCUUCCACAGCUUGGUGGGUCUGGCUGCUGUGCUCACCUGCGUGGCCGAAUAUAUUAUCGAGUACCCCCACUUCGCCACCGACCCUGCGGCCAACCUCACCAAGAUUGUUGCGUACAUCGGCACUUACAUUGGCGGAAUCACUUUCAGCGGCUCUUUGGUGGCAUAUGGCAAACUGCAAGGUGUUCUGAACAGCGCUCCCCUGAUGCUCCCUGGUCGUCAUGCUCUGAAUGCCACUCUUAUGGCAGCCAGCGUUGGUGGGAUGAUUCCUUACAUGCUGGAUCCUAGUUACACCACAGGCAUCACCUGUCUCGGAUCUGUCUCUGCUCUGUCCGCUGUCAUGGGUGUAACCUUGACAGCAGCCAUCGGAGGUGCUGACAUGCCGGUGGUUAUCACCGUGCUGAACAGUUACUCAGGCUGGGCGCUCUGUGCUGAGGGCUUCCUGCUCAACAACAACCUGCUGACCAUCGUUGGAGCUCUCAUCGGGUCAUCUGGAGCAAUCCUGUCAUAUAUUAUGUGUGUGGCCAUGAAUCGUUCCCUGGCCAACGUGAUCUUGGGAGGCUACGGCACAUCCUCCACCGGCACAGGAAAGCCCAUGGAGAUCACAGGCACACACACAGAGGUCAACGUGGAUCAGACCGUCGACAUGAUUAAAGAGGCCCAAAAUAUAAUCAUCACUCCAGGUUAUGGACUCUGUGCUGCAAAGGCCCAGUACCCCAUCGCUGAGCUGGUGAAAAUGCUCCAAGAGGCUGGAAAAUCAGUCAGGUUUGGUAUUCACCCGGUGGCUGGCCGUAUGCCUGGUCAGCUCAAUGUGCUGUUGGCUGAAGCUGGUGUCCCGUAUGAUAUUGUCCUGGAAAUGGAAGAGAUUAACGAUGACUUCCCUGAGACGGACCUGACCCUGGUGAUCGGUGCCAAUGACACAGUGAACUCAGCCGCCCAGGAAGAUCCUAACUCUAUCAUUGCUGGUAUGCCUGUGUUGGAGGUCUGGAAGUCUAAGCAGGUUAUUGUGAUGAAGCGUUCCCUGGGUGUGGGCUACGCAGCUGUCGACAACCCCAUCUUCUACAAGCCCAACACUGCUAUGUUGCUAGGUGACGCCAAGAAGACCUGCGACGCCCUGCAAGCCAAGGUCCGCGAGAGCCAGAGCCAGAGCCAGUAAGAGUUGAGGCUCUGAGGCCAGCAGAGACCUCCGUUAACAGCAUACAUGGAGGUAGAAGACAAAGAGUCAAAGAUAAUUCAGCAUAAAGAUCCUCUUUGUCCAAUUGUGACACAGCCAAUUGAGCAAAGAUGAUCACUUUUUGGCACGCCCUUCCUGUCAUCUAUAGAUAAAAGAAAUGGCAAUGUUUGUAAAAAAAAAAAAACUACACUUGUGCAGUAAGAGCCAGGCAGUGCAGAUACUGUAGAUUUCUAAUAGUACUCCCACUCCGAUGUAAUUAAGUACAGAUUUGUUUUCUCUUUGACACGUCUUGUAUUUCUAGAUAUGAAAGGAAGGGUAAGUCAGCAUAUGUGGUCUGUAAUCUGGGGAGCAUCUGACAGUGUUGUCUUCAUUGUAGACACUUAUAUUAGUGUAAAAAACACCAACAAUCAGAAGUGUAGAUGCAUUAAGAUGUUAGAUAUUUAAAAUCUCACUGUUACAAUAAUUGAGGAAAUGUUCAAUAGUUGAAAGAAAAGUAUGGAUAAAUUGGAGUUAAAAGGAACAAAAGCAGAGAUAUAUGAAGGUAAACCCACCAGAGACAGAGGUAUAAGAGACUUGAGCACUAAUGUUUUUCCAAACUUUAAGAACUGUUGUCUCCCCCUUCUUUCUCACGAGUCUGCAUUUAUUAUAGUAAGAUUAUUUGAUGUUCCCUUUGAUGGAUAGAUUUCCUCUAAAUGCUGUUAUAAUACCUUAUUUUUCUGUACAAGUUAAAAGAGGGAAAAAAGCAGAAUAGUGCAACAUUUUUGUAAAGUUCCUUCAGUUCCAGUUUUCUACUGAAUUGAGAUUUUUGUAUUUGGUCCAGUCAUUAUGAGAAUCCCUAGAAAAUGUCAAUGUGAUUACAUUUUAGAAGCCAUAGCCUGUUAUUGAAAUCUAGUCACGCUAUUUGCUUUUUUUUUCUCUUUUAACUUGAGUGUGUCUUGUGACCUCCGCCUUUGCCUCUAGUGCAGCAAUCACACACAGAUCCAAAAACAGAUACCAAUCCAUUCAAACCUCGUCAAUCAAGCCUUUAAUGCAAUAAACCAAAUGUCUCUGAGCUUUUAAGUAAGGGACCACAGCUGUCCUGUUACGCGAGUACUCCUCCUACAUAAAAACACUCUUGUUGCUCUGAUAGCUGAAUGGAUUUUAUGAUGUUUUUGCACCAGGUGUGUCCCAUCAUCCUGUGUGGUUCUGAUAUUACAGUACAUGUGAUGCUUGCCGUUGGCCUUUAUGGAAAAGAAGGGUAUUUUUUAAAGUGAACGUGGCUCAUCCACUCCAGUAUGUGUCCUCAUUAUUGCUCUGGAGGGAAAUGAAGGAUCACUGUUUGUAAAGUAGGGCCAGAUGUUAAACUGACUGUUUUGUAAAGAAUCUAAAGCAACGAUGCAGUUAAUUCAUUUGUUGCUACAUUUCAGAAAACAUGAAUUUUUCAACUUUUAUUAUCAAGCGUGCAUUUCUAAAUUGAAAUAGUCCUUUCUUAAAGCCCAGCAUUUGCCAUGAACCUUAACUUGUGCCAAGACGUCCCCUUUUGCACUCAAUCUGUAUAGAUUAAACGGCACAAAUAUAGAUUUGAGUGGUUGUUGUAUAACCACAUGAGUAAUUCUUGAAAGAUCAUUGACAUUAUAGCAGUAGCUCCAACUCUACACCCGUCUUCACACAGCUGGCCCAACCAAACUUUAAACACCACAACGUCAAGGUUGGGUUGGGUUGCUGCCACCGUUUUACUUUACUUCCUCCGAGUGUUUACGGUCAUGAUACAUUAAAUGAAUUGGUAAUGAGUGUUGGUACACGGUUUGAGGAACAAUACUUCAUGAGGUGACAGGUCACCUUUGAUAUCUUUAUCAGUAAUAACCAAGUCAGUGCUGUAAGAAGUAAGUUAUUGUUGUUUCAUCCUGGGACCUGAUUCGUUGACCAUGACAACUAUCCUACCUCUCCAUAAAACAACCAAUAACUUUCCAUAUGACCUACAUCUGAUCAAUCACCUGUAACGGACCAGUCAUUUUCCACCUAACACACAUAGAUUCAACCAGUCAGCGCUCAUGUGUCUCACGUUGCCUCAGUUUUGUUUUCAUUGUGUUUUUAACUGUCAGACCUCAGUUAGCUGCUGGCUAGUUUAUUGUAAGUUAUGCAAGUGAAGAGCUGCAGAUGUCAUUACUGCUCAUGACGGAUUAUUGUUCAUACAUGUCAAGCAACCACAGUCUUUCGGGGCUAUAAGAACGAGAUGCCUGCUUAAUAUUGGUAGAUUCUUGCCAUUUUUUUCUAUUGUAUAGGUAUUGAUCAAACUAAGAAAGAUGAGAAAAUCUAGUUUUACAAUGGCCAAUAUGCCCCCCUGUGCCCUUAUCUUUUUUCUGUAAAGAAGCCAUUUGUGCAGAGCAACAAUGGGGGUUUGAAGUUGUAUAAUGUUUCAAUGCACCGUGUAGGGAGAUGAAAUGUACUGUGAAUGUUUUUUUUCCCCCCCUUUUGUUUUUAUCAUGGAACAUUCUCAUCCCUAAUAAACCUGUAUUUACACUAGA